AUGGGCCCCGGGCUCUCCAAGGCAGACUCAGCCCUGCACGUGUGGAGAAGUAAGCUGCGGAGCCGGGCUGUGCCGAAGGGCUCCGAUUGUCCGACCCAAAGGUCCCCCGGACCGGGGCCGGGGGCGGGCGGUGCCCGCGCCGAGCUUAGCGGAGGCGGCCGGAGAGGAGGCGGCGGCGGCCCCGCGCCCCGGGCCCUGCGGAUGGCGCCCGGCGGCCCCCGCCCCGGCCGCGUCGCCCCGCGCGCCGCGGCCCCGCGUGCGCGCGCCGCUAGAGCAGGGCCGCGCGGCGACGGCCGGGGGGCGCGCAGAAGCGGGGGAGCCGGUAGUGCUGCAGCAGCUGAGAUCUUCUGGAGAAGCUCACGUGGGCGCCGAGGUGCACGCAGCUGCCGCCCGGGCGUCCGUCUGACCCGCGUGGACGUCUGCAGAGUCCGCGAGCGCGAAAAUGAACCCAGAGGAGAGCUGGUGAGAGAGCGCCCGUGGGCCUCUCCGGACCCCGGUCGACAGAGGGAGAAAGUCAGACCCACGGAGCACCUGCCCGGCCGCUGA